GUCAGCUGACAUGUGGGUGUGGCGCCACACCACACGCCGACUAUAAAUUCGAUCUCACUUUGGAUCGGUUACAGAUCAAAGUUUUUGCGGCGUAAAAAAAUGGCAACUGUCGGGAAGACAAUACGAUGCAGAGCUGCCGUGGCGUGGGAGGCUGGGAAACCUCUCUCCAUGGAGGAGGUGGAAGUGGCACCGCCGCAGGCUGGAGAAGUCCGUGUCAAGAUUGUGGCCACGGGGAUCUGCCACACUGACGCCUACACCCUGAGCGGCUCUGACCCCGAGGGCGUGUUCCCCUCCGUUCUGGGACACGAGGGUGCCGGGAUCGUCGAGAGUGUUGGCGAGGGAGUGACAAAGUUCAAAUCAGGUGAUGCAGUGAUCCCCCUGUACGUCCCGCAGUGUGGAGAGUGCAAGUUCUGCAAGAAUCCCAAAACUAACUUGUGUCAAAAGAUCAGGCUGACACAAGGCAAAGGCCUAAUGCCCAACGGGACCUCGCGCUUCUCAUGCAACGGCCAGAGCCUGUUCCACUUCAUGGGUUGCAGCACCUUUUCAGAGUACACCGUCGUGGCUGACAUAUCUCUUGCCAAAGUGCAUGAGAAGGCCCCUCUGGAUAAGGUUUGCCUGCUGGGCUGUGCCAUUUCUACCGGCUACGGAGCCGCUCUCAACACUGCCAAGGUGGAGGCGGGAUCGACCUGUGCUGUUUUCGGUCUCGGCGCUCUGGGUCUUGCAGUCAUCAUGGGGUGCCAGGCGGCCGGGGCUGGCCGAAUCAUCGCCAUUGAUGUCAACCCAGAUAAAUUCUGUAUCGCUAAAGAGUUUGGUGCCACUGAUCUGGUGAACCCUAAAGAUCACAGCAAGCCCGUCGAGCAGGUCCUGGUAGAGAUGACCGACGGCGGGGUUGACUACUCUUUUGAGUGUGUAGGAAACACAGCGAUCAUGAGAGCAGCCCUUGAAGCCUGUCAUAAAGGCUGGGGUACCAGUGUGAUCAUCGGGGUGGCGGCCGCAGGGCAGGAGAUCUCCACACGCCCCUUCCAGCUGGUUACUGGGCGCACAUGGAAAGGCACAGCAUUUGGAGGGUAUAAGAGUGUUGAAAGCGUCCCAAAACUCGUUGAAGAAUAUAUGAACAAAAAGUUGAAGGUGGAUGAAUUUGUGACCCACACUCUGCCCUUUGAGAAGAUCCAUGAGGGUUUUGAUCUCAUGGGUGCUGGGAAAUGUAUUCGUGUCGUACUCAACUACUAGAUACACCGAAGGCCACAACACCAUUUUACCUAAUGAUGGAAGGAACAUUUGAUGAAUUUCCUGUAGAGGAUUUGAAGACAUUAAAAUAUGAAUUAAAUUGGAAUGUUAUACCGAUGGUUGAUACUUGAUUUGCACCAUACUCUUCUACUUAAUAUAGAAUUGUAUAAUCAUAAUUUCCUAUUUCUUCAUUAUACUUUGAAGCAGUCCCAUCAGUGCAACUAAAAAAUUAACUCUUUGAAAUGGUUCCCUGAAGUAGACCAGUAGCUUUAGUCUAACUGAAAAUAUUGGAUGUUUCAUCUAAUCCAGCAAAUAUUUUUUAAUGUUAAGGCUUGAUUUGCUACACAAGGAAUCUGACUCAUGAAGCACCAAACAGGCACUACAAAGAAUAUUAAAAAUUGUAGCACUUGAAAGACUAAAUGUUAUUCAAUUACAUUUCUGACAUUAUUUCAAAAGCCAAAAUUUUAUAAAGUAAAUGGGGGUUUAGGGAAGGUUUGUGGUCAGUAGUAUUUCAGAGUCUCUGUAGUCUGCUUUGUGAAACUGGCUGCUAGAAACUAAGAUUGAUCGUUUAUUUUUGCCAAUUGUCACGACAGCCAUAAGAGAACUGGAUUUAAAAGUACCACUUUUAGAACACACAAACUCAUCACUAAAUGUGAGAUUUAUAGAAUAAUCCCCAAUGGUGAAACAACUGAUCCACACUUGGUACGAAAACACAUUCAAGAACUUCUGUUACAUUGGAGUGACCAAAAUAUCAAUUUAAGAAUGAGGACAGCCACAGAUGAGGGAGAAGGACCCACUUAUUGUGAGGUGCAUAUCAACUUGUAUUUCUGUGUCUCUGAACUAGAGAUGUAUCAUCCAAUCAGAGUCCUUAAGUCUGGCUGAUGAAGUGGGCGUCGCCCUUGUCGUCCAAUCGGCAGGUCAGGAUCUCACAGCCGGUCUCUGUGACCAGCAGGGUGUGUUCAAACUGGGCUGAGCGCUUCCCGUCGCGGGUCACCGCCGUCCAGCCGUCGGGCCACGUCUCGUCCUGCCAGCCUCCUGGGGAACGGGUCAAUACAACACAAGUAUCAGGACAUAUUAGGACACAAAGUAGGAGCAUAUCUAAGGAAACAAAGUAGAGCACAGGAUAUACUAGUAUACUAAGUAGAGCUUGGUAUAUAUUAAUAUAGUGUAUACCAAGUAGAGCUCAGAGACCGAACCACCUACCUUCACAGAUCAUCGGCUCGAUAGUGAACACGUGGCCAGGCUUCAUAACCCCGACCGCUUUGUUUUCUGAGAAGAAUAGAAACAAAUAGAGCUCUGUGUCCAAAUACACGCUUCAA